GUCUCUCUUCUUUUUAAACCUAUGCGACGUAAUUCCUUCUGCAUAUUAUGUUUUUCCCACUCCUCUUCUGGUUUGGGAGUAUUGCUCAUAUUCCUAAUUUGGGCUGCACCACUAACAUUUAGACAGGAAGCUGCUAACGAUCAAAUAAACACAAUCAUGGGGCAGCUAAUCAUUGUAUUUUGGUAUGCAACUCUUUACUGCCGCCUGGGUAUAUCAAUAAAUCGCCUGAUAGCAAUUGCUGUACCAAUUCAAGCGGCCAAGUUGCUUACAAGGCGAAACUCUUUUGUUUUGGUUCUUGUCGUCUGGUGUCUUGCAAUUUGCCACGCCUCUCCUUAUUUUUGGGGAACUUACUGUCAUAUACACUACGAUUGCAACAUGUGGAGGUGGAUAAUCAUUGGAUCGCAUUGGGGAAAAACUUGUAUUUAUGUUGAAAAGUGCGGCAUGAUUAUCAUGAUCAGCACAUUUACGUUGGACGUUGUUGCUGUAGUGAAAUUUAGGAAAUCCAACAAGGUGUUUUCUUCCAACAACGCAAACAUGUUCAUGAGUGAGGCCCAGAAAAGAAAAGUCGCAUGGAGAUCAAAUUUUUCAAACAGGUGA